AUGACAGAUCGGCGUAGCUUCUUCGCCGAUGGGGGAGGUGCCGUUAAAGAUGCUACUGCCGGUGUACCUUUUGAGGGAGCAUUGGUCGGUGCCCCAGUCCAAGGGAGUGAGGAAGCAGCUCAGGAAAUCGACGAGAUGCUCUCUGGAGUCUCGGCGACCGCGCUCGAAAACCUUCACGACUUGGACUCCUUGGAGAUAGACCAGCAAGUGUUAGAUCAACAGGACUUGGAUCAGCAGGAACUCGACACACAGGUUUUGGACCAGCAGGUAUUGGACCAACAACUUUUCGGCCAAGAGGACGCGAACUCCGCCCCGGAUUUCCAAGGCGCACCCUUGCAGAUUGUACUGACCGAGCAUAGCUACGCGAUACCAGGCAACCGACAGCCGAAUCAAUCGCCUGAGAGCGCGAGGUCUAGAACGAUGCCGAAACGAACCAAGAGGAUCUCGGAACGCUCUGAGCCCUCGACACCGAAACCUGUCAGUCCACCGAAGAAAGCCCGCGUGGCCGUCCGGGAAGCCCCCGCGACGAUUCUCAACAAGGAUUGCGUUCCGAAAGAAGACGUUGUCAAGGAAGAGGUUAAAGAAGUAGCGACCCUCGAGAGCGCUUUAACGCCCCAGCAACUCGACGUAGUCAAUGCAGCCGUGGCACGUCUUUCUUCGAGUGGGGAAUUGGCAGAUUUCAAACGAAGCGACUUGGAGACGCCUUUCGAGGUUCCUCCCGCCGUCAUGGCGAAACCUGCGCUUAACGAAGUGUCGAGUGCGCGACCUUCUCGCAAGUCAAAAGAGAAGUUCCAGCGAAAUCUCGAACGCAAGCGACAGAUGGGCAAGAACAUUGAGGACUACGUAAGCGAUGAGAGUGAGGACGAAGCUCCGGUCACGAAGCAGAAAGCGCCAGUGAACACAACUCAACAGCCUCAGCCCUCAACAGCACCCACCAAAGCCAACACCACUAACGCUACCAACACUGCUAACAAACGAAGAAGUCAAGCAUCGAAUCCGCCGACUCCGCAUCCCGCAAAACGCGACCGGCUGAACGUUGUCGAUGCUCCAUUGGAUUCCUCCGACGGCGAGCAUCCGGAUGACGUUCCAGACGACGAAGAAUGGAACUCCGAUAACGAUCCAGAGAAACCCUGGUGCAUCUGUCGAAAACCCCACAAUAAUCAGUUCAUGAUCGCGUGUGACUCGUGCGAGAACUGGUUCCACGGCAAGUGCGUCGGAGUUUCGAAGGCGGAAGGUGCUCGGAUGGAGAAAGCCAAACUAGAUUGGUAUUGCAACAACUGCAAGUGAGUAUAUGAUGCUUCCGGUCGCCAGCACAGAUCUUCCGCUGAACCACCAGGAGUAGAAUCCAGAUCAGGUCGUGGGGAAACUGAAGGCGGCGCAUUUUCAGACGGAAGAAGAACGGCUGUACCACUGAUUGACUCUGUGUCUCCAAAUAUGCCGGCCGUCAUGGUAGGCAACUACACGGUUCUUGGUCAGUGCGCGCAGUGCAAGCAGGUGGUCGGAUCUGAGCCGACGCAUCGUUUCUGCAACAAGGAGUGCAUCACACGUCACGUUAAUAAAUAUCUACCUGCCAUCAUGGAACGGGCUGAGAGAGAAGGGCUCGAGGUGCGCGUCUCGAUGGUCGAGAUUUCCACCGGAAAAGCCAUAAACUUGGUCAACGCGGCUGUCAACGGCACAAUCGAUUGGCUCUGCAAGAAACCCACCUUCCAAAUCAAUCCCAACCAAGCGAGCGCUAUCCGACGGCCCGUUCCCAAGCAGCCGGUGACGGGUGCCCCGCCGCAGAUCAACAGAGACUUCGAUGCGAAGCUCAAGACGAAGGGCUCAGAAGUUUCCGCGAGAAUAGGCUUCACCGGUAACGGGAGUCCACACAUCGCUUCUCCGCGUAAAAUCCAGGAGCAACAGAAAUCUCCGAAGGUCGUUGCAAGGAAAUCUCCACCGAAACCGCAACCGGUGCGCAGACGAAGCUCUGCAGCGACGGAUAACAACGGAGUAUCGCCCGCUCCAGACUUGAAGGACAAGGACCAGCGCCACGAGGCGGGAAUGCGUCAAACGGUAGUCAAUGGUCUGCUGCGGAACCUCAAGGAUCGGUGUCAGACAGACUCGGCCUACGCCUCGAAAGCUAACCGAGUUGAAUCCUUGGCCAAAUCCAUCGAAAACGCUCUGUGGACCACUUGUGGAGGGGGCGGCAAAAACUACAGGAACAAAUUCCGGUCGCUGAGCUUCAACAUCAAAGAUGCCAAGAACGACCUGCUGUGGCGCAGAAUCGUCAAUGGAGAGAUAGGGCCGAAUCAGCUGGUGAAAAUGGGUGCCAACGAGCUUAGUAUCGAAAUGGCACGCUGGAGAGAACGCGAGGCUCAGCACAACUUGGAGCUCUACAAGAAGGAAGCUGCUAUGAAUGUCACUGAUAAGGACACUCUCAAGCUGCUUGCUGAGAAGCCUCGCCAGAAAGGGAAGAGUGCUGAGCCCGAAAGUGAUUCCAAGGGGGAGUCGACUCCACCGGAAAAACAAAGGACGACACGGACCACCAGAAGUCAUGCCGGCAGCAGUUCGUCUCCGAUAACACCGACUGGCAGGAAGACACGGAAGACAACGGUCGACGUCUCGGAGAAGAGCGGCGACACCGGAGUUGGAAUCGGCAGCGAAAAGAAUGAUGAAGAUCAUGGCAACGAGAAAGUUUCUCCGAAGGACAAUAAGAAAGAUAAGGAUCGGAGACGGUCCACCGCUGACAAGGAUGAGGACAAGAAGAAUAACGAUAAGGAGAGGAGAUCGUCUUCAACCCAUGAGAAGAAAAACUCGGAAAGCAAAGACAGGAAAUCCUCGGCGGGAGCCGAGACGACGCCCGAGAGGGAAAGGAGAUCGCUCCCGAGAGGAACAAAAGUAGAUAAGAAAGCCAACUCCGAUAAAGAUGCCAAAGCGCCCACCGAUAAGGAUUGGGAUUCGAAGCCCGUAGAUUCCCGGUCGCUCGAUAAAGCGCAGAUGAUCAUCGAUAGAGUUAAGGCUAUGAACAGGAGUCAAUCCGACGCGGAAAUCGGACAACUCUUCGCCAAGGAGAAGGCUACCGCACCGAGCAAUGAUUCACCCGAGCCUGAUAAUUCGGAAGUCACUUGGACGGGUCUCAUCAAAAUGGAAACGUUCAAAUUCGUCGCCACGUUCCGCCACGCCGGGGGGAUCGUCAAUAGUUUUGAGGUGGAUCUGCCAGACACCGUCGACAUUUGCGGAAAAAUUCAACCUGCUGGUGUCAGCGAUUAUCUGAGAAGAUUGAAGCACGCAAACAAAGAUAUUGUGGUCGUGAAAGUCGAAGCUCAGCCCGAGCUUCCGGCCAACGCUGUGGAACUCGAGGAAAUUUGCCGUCGGCUCAAGGCGAGAGGGCGUCUCGGAGUCGUUCAGGAGCUGAAACAAACCAGGGUCAAGGAUUUCUAUCUGGUGCCGUUGAAUCCUGGCGAGCGCCCUCCAGAGUGGUUCCCGUACAAGGAUGAAAUCGGGGAAUGCCCAGCAUGCUGUCUCCUUGGCAUCGUGAUCUGUCACAAGGCAGUCUGUCAGAGGCGCGAAACGCGGUCUUCGGUUUCCUCGGUGCAAUACCAUCCGACGCCGGUGAAUAAAACCAACCCGCGAGGAGACAUAAAGAAUACCAUCGCUGAAGCCGAGAAAGCCUUUGCUCAGAAAAUAUCUCAUUUGAACAACGACGUCCCGCUCCUCUCGGAAAGAAGCUCACAUCCAACGCUGCCAGGUUUGGCCGCGGAAGGGGACGGGGGCGGCGACGAGGAGGCCUACGAUCCCGAGCGGGAAUGGGCAUCGUAA